GAUUUUAAUAUGCACGACAUCGGUCAAAAAAGUCGAGCUGAGUUGGAUUCACUUAUUAUAAGUCUUAGGGUUUUUCUUAUAUUGCUUUCUUCACUUUCUGACCGGUCCGUCAUGUUUACUUUGUGAAACCCUGUCCAUGGUAGACUGAGAUUCUAGCCAACAACCUAAGCCUCGACAGAGCAGAGCCAAGAGAGAUGGUCAAGAAGGGCAAGGGCAAGGAGAAGAGCACUCCUGUGGCAAAGAGCACUCCCCCAGCAGCACCUGCUGCAACGAGCAAAGGGAAGAAAGUGAAAGCCCCGGCAGAGGACGACUUCAUCAUCUUCAGCAACUCCCCAAAUGACGGACAAGGGAGGCGAGGUGGACCGUCCGGUUCGAGCAAGCCCGCCCCUCCAACUGCUGAUGUGCCCGGUGAGGCUCCUAUAGGACCUCCAAAGCCGACCAUCAAACAGAUUAUCGGGGGCGCGUCGUGGACUGGAAAACUACCCGUCAAUCUCCUGUCUGAGCACUGCCAGAAGCAAAAGUGGGGGAGGCCGGAAUAUGAGACUCGCAAAACUUCCGAGGGCUUCUCUGUCCUCGUAAGCCUCAGUGCAAAGAAUCCGAAGACCCAGGAGACCGUCAAACUGGCCCCCUUCAAGCUGCCUCCUAGUCAUGUACAUCUUGCCUACAAGCCCACCGCGCUGGAAGCAAAGCAUGCCGCUGCCACUUUUGCCCUGUUCAGAGUCUGCAGUAUGAAGAACCUGCAUAUGAUGCUGCCCCCUGACCACAAAGCUCUCUGGAAGGAGUUUGAAGCCCUGAAAAAACUUGAUGUUAAGGAAGGGAAGGCCUGGAUGUAUGAGGCUGAUCCGUUCGCAACCCUGCGGGAAAGAGAGGAGGCAAAGGUUGCUGCGGAAAGGAAAAGGAAGGAAGUCCAGGCGGCCAAAGAGAAGGCCGCAAACAUGCCUGGAGCAUCUGGCUUGGUGCUCAGGGGCGAUGCUGCCAGCGCCUCUGGCAGUGGAUAUAACCCAAUGAGAGGCUGGACCGCAGUACCAAAGAUCGAAAUGGGCAACAAGACGCGGACCCAGCUUGAAGAUAUCAUCCGCCGGGGGUCUGUCUGGAACCCGUAUGGGGUUGAGAUGCCAGCCUCGCAAAGGGAAAGCAUCGUCAGGGAGUUCAAGGGACUUGGUUUCCGACCAAGCCACGCCGAGGAGGCCGUCAAGGAGUGCAAGGAUCGCGAGGAGACUCUCGAGUGGCUUCUCAUCCACGUUCCUGAAGACGACCUCCCCCGCUGGGCUCUGCCCGGAAGCUACACUGCUGGAGUGACUGUCGGUGCUACCGACUUGCGAACAGAAGGCGCCAUCAAACGUCUCAGCCAGUCGGGUUAUUCAGCCGAGCUCUGCCGCAGGGUACUCGAGUCGAACAACGGCGAUGAGGGCAGGGCGGCCGAGGCACUUCAAAAAAUCUUGCUGGCCAGCGGCGUGGAGCGACUCGAUGGCUCUAACGGGACAUCAUCCGACCCGCUGGGGUCCUCCGAGCAGGUAGACGAGGCCUGGGAGGAGGAAAUGGGAAGCCUGGAAGCCGUUCUUAGCGACCAAUACACUCGCCUCUCACCGGAUGUCUGCCAGAUACAGAUUAUGUCGGUCAUCAAUGGACCGGAAUGCGAUGUGGAGACCUUCAUGCAGUUCCGAAAAUCGCCACACUAUCCUUCACAAAUCAUCCUCUCCGUUGCCGCCAAGCUCCCGGCAUAUAUCAAGCUGAGCAUCAUCAAGAAGGCCCUAGAGUACGUCGACGAGUCUCUACGGGGCGAAGAGAUGAAGAUAUACUACGUUGUUUGCUGGAUACAGGAAUGCAUCAACGAUAUCAUAGAUAACCCCGGUGCUCUGCGGGACGUUUCGGCAGUGGCCUCUGCGGCUUCGGAGGAGCAACCGGCGGCGAGUAAGAGGGCGGGUCGAAGGGGACCACGGCACCCAAGGCCCCUCGACCGCACACCAGACCUUCGGGGCAAGGAGGAGUGGCUUCGGCGCCAGGGGACUCCUGCGUACAAAAAGAUGGUGUCCCAGAGGGAGAGACUUCCUGCGUGGCAGAUUCGACACGAGAUUGUUCAGACUGUCAGCGAGAACCAGGUGACCAUUAUAGCUGGAGAGACCGGCUCCGGCAAGUCGACACAGUCUGUCCAGUUCGUCUUGGACGACCUCUACAGCAAAGCCCUCGGCAACAGCGCAAACAUCGUCGUGACCCAGCCAAGGCGGAUAUCUGCCCUUGGCCUUGCCGAUCGUGUUAGCGAGGAGCGCUGCUCUCCGGUCGGCCAAGAGGUCGGCUACUCCAUCCGCGGCGAGACCAAGACAAGCCCGAGGACCAAGAUCACCUUUGUCACGACGGGAGUGCUUCUCAGGCGCCUCCAGACGUCGGGUGGCCGUACCGAAGAUGUUGUUGCCUCGCUCGCAGACGUCAGCCACGUCGUCAUCGAUGAGGUCCACGAGCGGAGUCUUGAUACCGAUUUCCUCCUCAGCAUUCUCCGAGACGUCCUCCAGCAACGACGCGACCUGAAGCUCAUCCUCAUGAGCGCUACCCUAGACUCGGCAACGUUCCGAGAUUAUUUCGCCGGCAGCGGUGCCCAAUACUUGACUGUGGGGAUGGUCGAAAUCGAGGGACGGACAUUCCCCGUGCAGGACUACUAUCUCGACGAUGUGAUCCACAUGACAGGCUUCGCCGUCGGGUCUCGGAACGACUACCGAGAUGAAGACACUGCCACCAAGUCGCUUGACCCGAUCAACAAGACCAUCCAGAGGCUAGGCAGCCGUAUCAACUACGACCUCCUCGUCGAGACCGUCCGGGCCAUCGACGCGGAUCUGGCCCAGACCCAGAAGUCGGGCGGCAUCCUCAUUUUCCUCCCGGGCGUGGCCGAGAUCAACCGCGCGUGCAAUACGCUCCAGUCAACCUCGUCUCUGCACGUUCUUCCCCUACACGCCUCUCUCGAGACGAGAGAGCAGAAGAAGGUAUUCGCCGCGGCACCGUCGGGCAAGCGCAAGGUCGUCGUGGCGACAAACGUCGCCGAGACAUCGAUCACGAUCGACGACAUCGUGGCGGUCAUCGACAGCGGCAGGGUGAAGGAGACGUCCUUCGACCCGCAGACCAACAUGCGGAAGCUGGAGGAGACGUGGGGCUCGCGGGCGGCGUGCAAGCAGCGGCGCGGCAGGGCCGGCCGCGUCCAGGCAGGCAAGUGCUACAAAAUGUACACGCGCAACCUGGAGCUGCAGAUGGCCGAGCGGCCCGAGCCCGAGAUACGGCGCGUCCCGCUGGAGCAGCUCUGCCUGUCGGUCCGGGCGAUGGGGAUCAGGGACGUGCCGUGGUUCCUGUCCCGGACGCCGACGCCGCCCGAGGAGACGGCCGUGGAAGGGGCGAUCAAGAUGCUCCGGAGGAUGGGGGCCCUCGACGGCGAGGAGCUGACGGCGCUGGGCCAGCAGCUCGCCAUGAUACCCGCGGACCUCCGGUGCGGGAAACUGAUGGUCUUCGGGGCCAUCUUCGGGUGCCUCGACGGCAGCGUCACCAUCGCGGCGAUCCUGAGCACCAGGAGCCCGUUCCUGUCGCCGCCCGACAAGCGCGACCAGGCCAAGGAGGCGAGGAUGAGGUUCGCCCGGGGCGACGGCGACCUCCUCACCGACCUGCGCGCCUUCCAGCAGUGGGACGAGAUGAUGCAGGACCGCGUCCCCCAGCGGCACGUCCGCAUGUUCUGCGACGAGAACUUCCUCUCCUUCAACACCCUGUCCGACAUCGCCUCGACGAGGACGCAGUACUACUCCGCGCUGUCGGAGAUCGGCAUCACGGCGCCGGGCUCGGCCGCGGGGUUCCCUUACAACAACAGGGGGUCGACCACGACCCCGUCGGCUCCUCCGUCGUCGUCGUCGAUGACCCUCCUCCGGGCGCUGACCGCCUCGGCCUUCAGCCCGCAGAUUGCGCGCAUCCAGUUCCCGGACAAGAAGUUCGCGACGUCCAUGUCGGGCGCCGUGGAGCUGGACCCGGAGGCCAAGACGAUCAGGUACUUUGCGCAGGAGAGCGGGCGCGUCUUCGUCCACCCCGGCAGCACCCUGUUCGACAACCAGGGGUUCUCCGGCAACGCCGCCUUCCUGUCGUACUUCACCAUGAUCUCGACCUCAAAGGUGUUCAUCAGGGACCUCACACCCUUCAACGCCUACACGCUCCUCCUCUUCUCCGGCGCCAUCGACCUCGACACAAUGGGCCGCGGCCUCGUGGUCGACGGCUGGCUGCGCCUGCGCGGCUGGGCGCGGAUAGGGGUCCUGGUCUCGAGGCUGCGCGGCAUGGUGGACAACAUCAUCGCCAUGAAGGUCGACAACCCGUCGCUGGACCUGCGGACCAACGAGGUCAUCAGGAUCGUGACGAAGCUCAUUGAGCUGGAUGGCAUGGACGCAUAGACAGGAAGCUAGAGGAAUGGGGGGUGAGGGAGGGGUUGGGAAUCGUUACGUAGCACAGCGCCGAGGCCGUGGGGUUAAAAAUUGAGGCAAGCAUGGGUAUAGAUGGUAUCUGGAGGACGCGUACUACGACUACUACGAAAACGCCGCCUAUGAUGAAGAAGUGGCCACCCAGGCGGAGGCAGGCCAAGGAGAAUCCCAAGGCAAGGGCAAGGUAAAGAGAAAGAGAAGGCCGAAAAAGAGAGGGGAGAAAUAGCCUAGUUCUCAGCAUCUGUAUGCAGAUCACGACCAAUCUAUUAAUCCGCCCGAGCCCCAUAUUCAUUUACCUAC